GGAUGGCACCAAUGCAUUGACAGGGGCACUUCCUACAAAAACACGUUUAUGGCAAGGAACUAUGGGGAAUGUAGUUCACGUGAUGCGGAGGUAUUAAACUACUAGCAACGAGUUAUUUGGAUUUGACAGGAUGCAAGGUGUUGUUGCAUCUCUUUAGUCUUGCUUCUUCUAAUGGAUACUUUUCAAAGCAAGUAUCAUAUUCAUGUCAUCAUAGAGUUUAGCAACUUGCUAACUUUAGCUUACAUGCUAUACUGAUGUGUAGCUUUUCUUCUGAGUCUUUCUAUCGUUUUGUUUUGUUUUUUUUUUUUUUUUACGAAUUAACUGUAAUAUAGUGCCAACUUGUUUAGUUGUUUACUACAAGCUUGGCUACUUUAUAUGUAUAUGAAAGUUUGUUAGGAAAUCUUUUUAUAGAGAAUUGAUUGGCCAUUAAAGUGUUGUGAAAGAGCUCUCCCUCGUGACUAUAUUGUCCAAUGAGGGACCAUGUUUAUCUGACUUCUGUCUGGAGCUGCAUGUGCAUGAGACAUUUAUCCUACACGUUAGAACGAAAUUUUACAAUGACGUCUCAGUAUUUCAAGAAGAGGUCUGCUGUUACUCGCAAUGGCGCACAAGAUCCGGGUCUCGGUUUGUCCUGCUCCAAACUCAGCACACAGAUCAAAACUGAGGGGGCUGUGGUCAAGCUGGAGGAGCAAGAACCCACAAUAUCAGAGAAACCACCGUAUUCCACAUCUUCAGAGGGCUGCCCUGAACACCCACCACAGGAUGAUGUUCGGCCAAAAACACACUCUGAACCUUUGUCCUCAAACAAUCGCAGAAGGAGACCCCUGAAGGUGGAAUAUGUUAAGGACGAAGAUACUGUACAGAUGAAAAAAGCACACUGGGAGCCUGCAGAGUGGAAGAAACAGCUUGACCACAUAAGAGAAAUGAGGAGUGGCCGAGACGCGCCUGUCGAUAACAUGGGAGCAGAGAAAUGUUAUGACCAUGAUGCCCUGGCAGAGGUAAAACGCUUUCAAGUAUUGGUGUCUCUAAUGCUGUCCAGUCAAACCAAAGACCAGGUCACAGCAGGUGCAAUGGGGCGGCUACGAGCACAUGGAUGCACUGUGGAAAAUAUUCUCAGCACGGACGAUGAAACACUUGGAAAAUUGAUUUAUCCUGUUGGCUUUUGGAAGACAAAAGUAAAGUAUCUAAAGUUGACCUGUGCCAUGCUUCAAAAGGAGUUUGCAGGGGACAUUCCAAAUAGUGUUGAAGAUUUAGUCCGUUUGCCUGGAGUUGGACCAAAGAUGGCCCACCUUGCUAUGGACAUUGCAUGGGACCAGGUGUCAGGCAUUGGAGUGGACACACAUGUACAUCGUAUCUCAAAUAGAUUGGGUUGGCUCAAAAAAAUGACUAAGAACCCAGAGGAGACGCGCAAGGCCCUGGAAGAGUGGUUGCCAAGGGAGCUGUGGAGUGAAAUCAACUGGCUGCUGGUUGGUUUUGGGCAGCAGGUCUGUUUACCAGUCAACCCCCUGUGCUCUGUGUGUCUAAACCAGCACAACUGUCCCUCCGCCCACAAAGCAUCCCCAGUGAAGAGACCCAAGUCCAGAUCCCCACACACGCUCAGCAAAACCACUCAUAAAACAAAAGCUGAACCUGGUAAGGUUGAGCCUUCAUCCCCUGUUGCCCCCUCAUUACCAAAGAACAAAAAAAAUAAGGGGAAAAAAAAACCCUAAAUGAAUAAUAUGAUACCGACAGAGACAUUUCUGUUGUUGAUUGAUUCAUUUAAAAAAGUAGCUAAUAUUUUUGUAUUGUGGGUGUUUUAUAUUCUUUUAC